CACAUAGAUAUGCGUGUGUGUAUAUAUAUAAUAUAUAUAUGUCUGCACACCCAUUCAGUGUGACAGUUGUGUGUGCAGCUACUGAAGGUGAAGCUUCGGUUAUUCUCAUUCCAGGUUUUGCAAGGGUUUUUCUUUGAUAUCUGGGAGAAACAAGAUGGCAGACGUGUUGACAAUAACUAUAAAUGGAAAGGAAUAUGAAGUUGGGGCGGAUGUGGGUGCCACAACCCGUCUGGCGAGUUACCUGAAGGAGUUGGGACUGUAUGGGACUCACACGACCUGCUACGAGGGCGGCUGUGGUGCCUGCCUGGCCGUCAUCUCUAGCACCGACCCUGCUACAGGCAACGUUACCACUAAGGCUGUUAAUAGUUGCCUGGUGCCAGUACUGUCGUGUCUGGGGUCAGAGGUGACCACCAUAGAGGGUCUGGGUAACAAACAUGAUGGUUACCACGUCAUUGAACAGCGUCUCAGAGAGUACAGUGGCACUCAGUGUGGUUACUGCUCUCCUGGCAUGGUCAUGGCUAUGUAUGGACUGACGCAGAGCCAGAGCUCCUGGACCAAGGAGGAGGUAGAGCAACACCUGGACGGUUCUAUAUGCCGAUGUACCGGCUACAGACCCAUCCUUGAUGCCUUCAAGGCUGUUACUACUCAGGAUAUUGAGGACAUCCACACAGUGAAGUGUCCCAGCACAGGUCGAGCCUGUCAGGGCUGCUGUACUUCCACCAAGAACAAGGAGAGACGUGAACGACCCCAGCAGCGCCAACCACAGACGCUACGCCUGCAGGCUUCCAACUGGCAACAACCCGCUACUCUGCAGGAGCUGUACGAUGCAGUCUCUGCACUCCCCCCUGAUGCUGAGUAUACCCUCGUGUCUGGCAACACUGGUCAAGCUGUGUACAGUCUGGGCUCCAUAAGUGACUACAUCUACACCCGCAACGUCCCUGAACUCUCCACUGUUAUAGUGACCCAAGACGAGGUGACCUUCGGUGCCAAUGUCUGCAUCAGCGAGGUCAUGACCAACAUGGAGGCGGCAGCCAGCACCUACAGUGGGUUCUCUUACCUGUCACAGAUAGCACAGACGUGGAGGUACCUCGCCUCCACCUCCAUCAGGAACAUGAGCAGCUGGGCCGGCAACUUGGCCCUGAAGGCAGCCAAUCCUGACUUUCCGUCUGAUAUUUUCAUUGGUCUCUUAGCUGCUGGAGCCACCAUCACCACAGCCGGGACGGACGGAGUCACUGCCAAUCACACAGUCGAGGAGCUGGUCAAGAUCGACCUCAAGGGCGAGCGUCAAGUCAUCCUCCGGUUGAGUCUAGCUCCUGUAGGAGAAGACGAGGUGAUCAGAGUAUUCAAGAUCACUCCACGCUUGACAAACUCGAUCGCCUAUGUGAAUGCAGGCUUCAGGCUGCGGGUGGACCAGGCCAACGCCCACACAGUCCUGGACACGCCCAUUAUCGCCUACGGCGGCAUCAGCUCCACCUUUGUUCGUGCCAGUGCCACGGAGGCAGUACUAGCAGGCAAGAGCCUGGAAGACGAGACUGUAUUGCAGGCUGCCUUUGAUGCCUUGGCUACUGAGGUGAUCCCCGAUGACAUGCCCACACUUGCCUCCCCGGAAUACAGGCUGGCACUCACCCAGAACCUGCUCUACAAGACAGUGUUGGGUAUCGUGGGUUCAAUAGCGGAUCCGACAGUAGCCAGCGGAGCCACGGACCUUCAGAGACCCGUCUCCAGUGGUCAGCACACCUACGAUUUGAAUACUGACAUCUACCCAUUGGGGGAGCCAGUGCCCAAGGUGGAGGCUGCUAUCCAGUGUAGUGGUGAGGCCCAGUACGUAGGCACAACACCCACACAGCCUGGGGAACUCUACGGCCUCUUCGUUACUUCUACACAAGCCAACGCUCGUAUCGUCAGCAUCGACUCUUCUGCCGCCUUGGAGGUUCCUGGAGUGCUGGCUUUCGUAGGUGCUGCAGACAUCCCUGGGGAGAACAACAUUAAAGUCUUCUCCGACUCCAAGCCUGAACUGUUGUUCCCUGAGGAGCGGACGAUGUUCUACGGUCAGCCUCUGGGAGUUAUCGUAGCCACCGGCCGCAGCGCAGCCUCCGCUGGACAGCGAGCAGUCAAGGUGACUUACGACGACAUCCAGUCACCUGUCCUUACCAUCGAGGAGGCACUGAAGGAGCCGCUGCCUCCUGACCAAGGCUUUCCCUUCGUGGAAGGGGAUGUGCAAGCUGGCUUUGCCGCGUCUGCCUACAUCAUCCAGGGAGCUGUCAGCCACGACAGCCAGUACCACUUCCACAUGGAGACGCAGGUAUGUCUGGCUACCCCCACUGACAUAGGUAUGGACAUCCUCUCCUCCACUCAGUGGGUGUCGGAAACUCAGAGAGCCGUGGGGCAAGUCCUCAAUAUUCCCGACAACACGGUUAAUGUGUCAGUGAAGCGUAUCGGGGGAGGCUUUGGAGGUAAGAUUGAUCGCUGCAACAUUGUUGCAGCAGCCGCCGCUCUCGCUGCAUUCAAGGUCAACCAACCUGUGAGGAUAUCCCUUGACCUCGGCACCAACAUGACCGCGAUUGGCUGGCGGGAGCCUUUCCUCUGCACUUACAAGGUGGGUGUGGACGAGGCUGGAGUACUCCAGGCCGUGGAGGCCACACUGACUAGCGACGCAGGUUCCUGGAGCACUCCGAACUCAUCCCAGGGAGCAAUAUUCUGCCUGCCAUCCUGCUACAACUGUCCUAACUGGCUCGUCACUCCUCAGUACGUCCUCACCAAUACUGCCCCUAACACAGCCUGUCGCAGUCCAGGCACGGUAGAAGGAAUUACUUUUAUGGAAAACAUCAUGGACCACGUUGCAGAUGUUCUUGGAGUCGACCCGCUGGAACUGCGCCAGAAGAACUUACUUCCUGACGGCGGCAUCAGGAAGCUCAACCAGCAUAUGAUCAGAAUACGAAACCGUAUAGCAGCCCAUGAGAUGGUGAAUAUCCCCGAGGACAUCAUAGUACCUAGGAACCUCAUCUCUGACAUGAUCGAUGAGAUGAAGGUCUCGGCUGAUGUGGACAAUCGAAGGGCGCUGAUCACCCAGUUCAACCAGGAGAAUCGUUGGAAGAAGCGUGGUUUGUCCGUGAUGCCCAUGUUGUGGCCGUACUGGUUGGGCCCAGUUACGCCCUUCAGUGCCAUGGUGUCUAUAAAUCCACGCGACGGCAGUGUCUCUAUCUCCCACGGAGGUACUGAGAUGGGUCAAGGCAUCAACACUAAGACAGCACAGUGUGCAGCAUACGAGCUGGGUGUGCCUCUGGAGUACGUCAGUGUGAUGCCCACCAACACCCACACCAAUCCAAACUCCAGUAUUACUGGAGGCUCUACUGGGUCUGACGUCGCCAGCUACGUGGUGGCCGAGGCUUGUAAGAUGAUCCGGGAGCGUCUUAACGCUGUUCAGGAGGCCAUCGGAGAAGAUGUGCCGUGGGAGGAACUGGUACUCACCGCCUUCAACCAGGGAGUCGACAUCUCCCAGAGAUACGUGAAUGGGGUUGACGAGGUCAAAGGCUACAGUGUGUUUGGUGUAGCCUGCAGCGAGGUAGAGCUGGACGUGCUGACUGGCCAAUACCUGAUCCUGCGGACGGACAUCCUUGAGGACGUAGGACGCAGCUUGAGUCCCCUGGUGGACCUCGGGCAGGUUGAGGGAGCCUUCGUGAUGGGUCAAGGGCUCUUUUUGACUGAGCAUCCACUCUACGACGUCUCCACUGGCCAGAGACUCACCGACACCACCUGGAACUACAAACCUCCCAUGGCACUCGACAUACCGGUGGACCUCAGGGUCACGUUCCUCCACAAUGCUCCGAAUCCACUUGGCGUCCUCUCCUCCAAGGUGACUUCUGAACCUCCCUUGAGUCUGGCAUACUCCCUGGUGAUGGCCUUCCGCCAGGCGUUGAACAGUGCCAGGCAGGACGCAGGUACCACUGGCUGGUUCCAGAUAGAUGCCCCAUUGACUGUUGAGAAACUGGAGGGACUGUGCCUGGUGGACCCCAGUCGACUCACCCUUCAGUAACAAGACUGACGAAUCCCAGAGACCAGAGUGCAACACUGUGUUACAACCUUCAACACUUUACAUAUCUCACUCAUAAGUCUUAAACACGUAAUACAUCGAGGCCUGUGAAGAUGAUCUGGUCGCUGGAUUUAAUUCCUGAAUUAUCCACAAGGGUUUAGCGCCUCUCUAAAAUAAUAAUAAUAAUAAUCCUUGAUUGCAAAUAUUUAAAUUAAUAGUUUACUUAUGAUUUUGAUUUGAUUAUGAUAAUUAAAAAAUAUUUAAGGUUGCCAACAGAAAUAUAAUCAGAAUGUAAUCACUAGUAAAUAAUUAAUAUAAUACUAAUAAGAGUAAUAUGAUUAUAUAUAUAUAUAUAUA